GCGUGAGCACGCGAGUGCGAUGAUCAUUUGGCGUGCGAAAAAAACUUUGAAAAUUUAAAAUAAAAAGAACGUUGUAAGGCGUACGGGCGUACAAACGAACUUUGUGUUUAGCGCGCGCCGGUGAAAAAAAUCUAAAAUAAGCAGUAUUAUUGUUAAGGAAGUGCACUGUAUGGAUAAUGGUGGGAACUGAUGUGUGGUGAAAUAUUCCGGAAGGAAUUGCGAACAAUAAAAUAUAUAAAAAAGGAUAAAAAUAAAGCUGUAUUUUAAAAGAAAUAUGAUAAAAGCUGGACUUGAUCUGAUAUUAAAAAAAGUGACAAAAAACGCAAAUAGAAAACAUUCCAAAGGAACGCUAACAAGACAUAACAAGUAUAAUUAAUAAGCGCUUACAAUUUUCAAAGAAAAAUAUUAUGAACUGUGUGACAAAGUUCAGAAAAAGUGAACAAUCGAAUGAGCUUAAAUUAUAUAAUCAUUAAGUGUCGAACUAAAAUAAACAAAUUAUAUAUACACGUGUGUACAGAAAUAUUUUGCAGUUCUAAACAAAUCGGCAUACUAAAGACAAUACAACAACACAAGCCGCUAAUCGGCAGCUACGAUCUGUCAAGCUAAUGCAAAGUCAMAGAAAAAAUUGCCAAUUCAACGCGCACAAAUAAGGAAAAAGGUGAUAGCAAAGCCGCACCACGCAGAUAGACUUCAGAGCCGGAAGAAAAAACCAAAAAGAAAAACAAAAAAACAUAAACAUAAAUAAAAAAUUGCCAAUCGCUACUUAAAUCAACACAGUCAGCUGUCUACGUCUACGUAAGGCUAUGCGCAGCAGCUGAGUGUAACUGUAAACAAUUAUUAAAGUUACAUAUAAAAAAUAGAAAUUGAAGCGCUGCCCAAAGCGCUUCGUAUAUUCACCUAACAAACAGCGUUCAACAUGCGCGCCUUCCAACGCGGCUUUUUCUGUUCGGAUCUCACGCUGCGCUAUCCGUACCGCGAGUGCACGAUCACCAUACCGAUGUUAUUGAUCUACACGCUGCUACUGCCGAUGCUCUUCAUCAGCGUUGUGGAGAUAAUGCGCAUCUGCAARUGCUUUCGCCUGCGCAAAUACAUAACGAAUUUGGCGCGCAGCUUAUCGAUCUUUAGUUUYGGUUUCAUUGCCACCUAUCUGACRACGGAGCUGGCGAAGAAUGUAGUGGGUCGCUUGCGUCCACACUUCUACACCGCCUGUCAACCGCGCUUACCGGACGGCAGCUCCUGCGAGAGCGCGUACCAGCAGCUGGUCGGCGGCGGCGUCUAUGUGGAGCAUUACUACUGUGCAAAUCGCAAUCUGAGCGCGCGACAGUUGCGCGAACUGCACGUAUCCUUUCCGAGCGCGCACUCAUCGCUCUCAUUCUACGCCAUGCUACUGCUGUGCUUCUAUUUGCAUGCGGUGUGGCGCGGACGCGGCACUACACGCGUAUUGCGUCAUAUACUACAGUUCCUGUUGUUGUUGGUCGCCUGUUACAUUGCGCUGAGUCGCGUGCGUGACUAUUGGCAUCACUGGUCUGAUGUGUUGGCCGGCGCACUGCUCGGUGCUGURUACGCCRUCUUGACGGCGGUGUAUGUGGGACGCAUGYUGCGGCAGGGCUUCGCAGAUGCGGCAUCAACGCACAAGCACAAGAAACAUCAGUAUAAGUUGGGUGGUAAACAGCAGUUGAAGCAGCUGGCGCAUGCACACCAACAUCAUCAUACACAUCAGCUGUCAACAUCGCAGCAUAGACUGGCGCCGCAUGACGCGCGCAGUGGACGCAUGUUGCUGGUGGCAGCCAGCGGUAGUGUCAGCAAUUUACAACAGCAGCAGUUGUUGUCAACAGCGCACGAGGAACUGGAGAAGCAGCAGUUGCACGAGCAAGUGGUUAAAGAGCAUUUAAUGGAGCGCGGCAGUAUUGGUGGUGUUGGCGGCGGCGGCGGCGGUGAUUGUGAGUGGAAGCUGCAGGCGGUUGUGUUGCCAACGUAAAUUGCCARCAAAGCGUCAUGGGAUCGGGCGCGCAAGCACGCGCUGGAAUGAGGCAGGCGUGCUACGGUGCAGUUGACGGCGGARCAAAUCUGUAAAUACAACACAUAACGGCACAAGCGGUGAUAAGACGAGAGGAGAGCGUCACUGCAGAGAGCUCGGUGCACAUUAUAAGGAGGGAACAGAAAAGCGAAGCGAUAGUAAACUGAUUCGACGCGCUGGAAACGCAUAAUGUACAUACAAGUGUGAACAAGUAGGAGAGGAUUGGCGCUGACAUUAAUGUGGUAAAAAUUGUAAAGGGGUUUUGUUGCCCCUUCAAGAAGUUGCAUUGUCAAUUCAUUAAAAUUUUAACGCGCGCAUGCAAUGUAAACCCUUUUUCUUUAGAAAAUUUUAAUUAUGGCGCCCUACCCCCCUUAACGCGAUGCCUUUGUAUACUGGAACACAAAAGCGCGCAUAUCAUAUGCCAUACCGCACAACAACAACAAGCGACAGCAAUAAUAGCCUUGCACUGCCUGUACGUAAUUAUUGGCCAUGCAACAACGAACUUACCGAAAAACAACAAAAAAGUAAAUAAUUUUUCAUCAAAAGGCAAAAAUGCGCYAUUGUGCAACAAAAAGUGGCAAAAGUCGMACAGCAACCAAAUGGUAAUGCAACAAUUGGCUAUGUGAGCAAAGCUUCAAUUUCGACUGAAUAUGGCAACAUUGGCAAGC